UGUUUCUCUUAAAGAUGAUGGUGUGUAUGUUGGUGUUGGGCGGUAUUUCCGCAAAGUUGUGAUUCCUUCAGAGCUGCACAAGUACGCAAGUCACUUAUCAUACGUUUCUUCACUUAGGUUACUAAGUUUCUUUGUCGAUAAACAUUCAUUGUGACUUUUUUGUGGCGAAAAAUCGUCAGGAUAGUGCAGCGAGCGACAGUAUUGUGACGAUCUCGUUAAUUGGGUCAAGUACCAUUCAGAAAAACAAUACGAUUUGCCAAAUUAAAUCGGUUUGUUAUGGAAGUCAAUGUUGAACUAAAAUGUUCGGAUACAAGGGAAACGAAGCAUUUAAAAAUAACUGUAAAUGACUGGGAAGGUAGAUGUGUUAAGGAUCUGAAAAAGAUUUUUGAAGAAGAGAUUCAAGUUCCAUGUUGCGAUCAGAAACUCUCUUAUCAAGGAAGACAAUUUGGGAACGAUAACUUGUUUCCUCUUGUGAAAUUAUACCUUCGGGAAGGCGACACUGUUAGUUUAGAAUGCAUUUCACAAGGAAAACUCAAAGAAAUGAAGGAGUUUUUAAAAGAUAUUAAGGAUUUUUCAGACUUCAUUACCAGCAAGAACCAAACUGAAAUUUUGACAUUCAACGAAUUGACGAAAGAUGACCGAAGCUCGCGUCCAAAUUACGACCAUGUAACUCAAGCAUUAGAGUUGUUGUCAUUUGACUUUUUCAUUCCUUGGAAAAAUGUCAAGUCCGUAGUCCACCGUCAUUUCUUUGUUCAAGAAGGUGGUUUUGAUGCUUUCAUGGAAGUUUUAAAGUUUGCAAACAAAAGGUACACAUUGGACGGAAGACUCAUGGCAAAGAAAUAUCUUGGAGAAUGCAAGAAAGGUGAUUUGAGCGUAUUGGAAAACCACUUAAAAAGGUUGAAUGACAAGCAGAUGGGAUUGCAUGCAGACUGCCUGAGCUUUCUGUGGAAUUUCUCUGAGACAUGGCAUGAUCGCAGGUUGUUGAUAAAGGAAGGAGGGCUCCCAUAUGUUGUCAAGGCUCUGCUCUCCAAUCCUGACCAGUACCUAGUUUUUUCUGAGGAGUACUGGCAGGUGGCAAGGAUCAAUGAAACAGCUGUGGGCUGCCUUGUUCAGUAUGCAGAGUUCCCUGAUUGUCAACAAGUGAUUGCUCAAAGUUCUGAAAUUGUCAAUAAACUGAUAUUUAUGUUGGAAGCAUCAAGCCAGUUGAGCUUUCCCUUGGAUGUCACACACUCAAUCAUUUACACAGAAUAUGCUUCCCAGAUUGCUGCAAAUACUCUAUUCUGCUGUGCAUGCAGUGUGCAAACACCAAAGAUUCUGGUAGAAAAUGGUAUGCAUAAAAAGAUGAUAGACCUCAUGCAGCAAGCUAAUAUUAAUGACUUGGCCACCAGUUACUACUGCACCUUGUUCCUUGCAAGAAUAAGGUCAUCUGCAUUGGUUCAGUUGGAUUCCGAAACAGCUCAAAGCAUUGAUGAUCUCAUUGUCACCUUUCUUGAAGAAUACUCACCUAUUGAUGUGUCAACUUGGGAAGAAAAACACAACUAUGUCUGGGUCACCAUGAUACCCUUUGUAAGUUUGGCCUUUUCAGGAAAACAAUAUGAAAGGGAAAAAUCUGCUCUGGUUAGCAAGAAGUCGGAGAAAGAAGGUUAUAGCUCAAAACCUCACCUAGCUGGAAGUAAAUGUGAUAUCAUGGAAAGGAAGGUGGAUACAAAAGUGGGAACAAUGGUUGGGGGCAAUCAGUCUCACUCAGGCAAACAUGCUGAUUCCACAAGUUAUAGUCCUGGAUCCUGGUUCACUGGUACAACAUCAUGUCCAAGAAUGCUUGGGUCUUUAGAGACUCAACAACUUGGACUUUUUACACUGGAGCACAUGCUGAAUUCAAGCGAAAACCGACAGCUUUUGGAUGAGGAACAUUUGUUGCCAUAUCUCCAAUGUUUGUGUUGGUAUGUUGGUGCAGAAGAUGGAAGGAUUGUGAGAGAAGAAUUGACCAAGCAUUGGACACCAAGUCCUGCACCUCUUAAAAUAAUUUGCAAAUCAAGUCUGGCUUUUCAACAUGGAUUUGAGGCUGCUUUUAAAAUGUGACAAACUAAACAAUUAUCCAUUCCCUAAUUUGGUUGUUUGUCGCACAAAUGUCAUACUGGUCAGUAGUGAUAAGUAUUUUUGUCGCAGCUCAGUGCAUAAGAGUUAUCAACAAGGAUCUCUUCUCACUCACC